AGAAAAUGCCUCCAUUUCUGGCUUUCAUCAACUACAAUGGCGAGUGACAAAGUGAUAAAGAUUAUACUGGCUCACGGAAUUAUGCUUGAAGAUGACUAUACAUUCAAGCAAUUGCUAGAAGUCAUCGCAGAAACGAUACAACUGGAAACACCGUUCGAUAAAUUUAUUUUGAAAUACCAAGUUAGCGACACGUACCCGCCAAUAGCCAUCACUGAUGACCUAAGUUUCAAUUUUUAUAAAGAAUUGAAAAAACGAGAAACCGAAUGUACUCGCUACCCAAUUUGUGUAAAUCUGCAAAAAGAGAGCUCGAUCCUUGCGCUUCCAAUUAUGAAUAGAAAAAUUGUUGCAGCACCCUACACAAACAGAAUAGAGUCACUUCAAAUGAUGCCAAACUCAAGAGGUUACAAGGAAAAUGAGGAGUCAUCACGUGUAGAGGAUGUUGCAGAAAAUUAUUCUUCCACAUUGGCAGUUUAUGCAGAGGAAAAAAUGCAAAAAAUGAUGUCCAGCAACUCAGAGUCACAGAUAUCAGGAGCAAACAGCAGCAAUGUCUUUACAGGGGAAACACACUGCAACUGCAUCUACCACUUGUCGAAAAACAUUGUUACGAAAUUCAAAAAAAACACAGAGGCCGUAAAACAGGCAUUCAUGGCUGCAGCUCGAUCAUAUACACCUGAUGAAUUUGAGAAGCACAUGACUGCAAUGAGGAAUGCAGAUAGUCGUGUAAAUAAAUAUUUAGAAAAAGAUGUUGGCUUUGAAAGGUGGUCGCGAGUUCAUUGCAAAGGAAACCGUUUUUUAACCAUGACAUCAAAUGCUGCUGAAUCAAUAAACUCCAACAUGAAGAUUGCAAGAGAGAUGCCAAUAACUUUGCUACUUGAGAGUUUAAGAGGGAUGCAACAAAAAUGGAAUGUCAAAAACAGAGAAGAAGCAGAAGGGACAUUUACCAAACUUGCACAGCUGGGGAACAACAUGUUGAUGGAAAAUUACAAAGCAUCCAUGCAUCUAACAGUGCAAAAGGCAAGUGACACCAUAUACCGAGUAUCAAAUGGUACGAAGGUGUUUGUUGUUGAUAUGAAAAAUAAGAGUUGUUCUUGCAAUCGAUUCCAAAAGGAUGAACUCCCAUGCCCACAUGCAUCAUGUGUCAUACGAGGAAACCACGAAGAUCCCGAGCCAUAUUGUUCAAAGUAUUACUAUACAGAGACAAUGUUGGCAACAUAUUCAGAAGUAGUAUACCCAGUUGACUAUGCAUCUACAAUGACACCUCCAACCAACCAAGAUGCAAACCUCAUACCACCACCUCAGGUGUCACUUACUGGAAGGCAAAAAAAGAAGAGGUUCUUAUCUAGUUGGGAGAAAGGAUGCAGUAGUUCAAAUAACAAGGAAAAACAUAAAUUUCUUGCGAGGGAUGAGCCAACCGGUGAUAAAAUACACGUCUCCACUAGAGUCAUGGGGACCUAUGGAUAUGCUGCCCCUGGAUAUACUCACAAGUCCCACAAGUAG